UUUUAUUGUUACGAAUUAUUAUCAAAUUGAAUCUGUUUCCAGCUGUUCACAAUUAUGGGUUCUCAGAGAAUCGAACUCCUAUCCUCAGACGGGGGUAAAAUAUUCAUUUCCGAAUCCACUUUUGAUAAAAUCCGCAAUGAGCAGCUGGAAUUUAUAAUCGAAAGUGGAAAAAGUUCGAGGAUUCUUAAAUUCCCGUACCCAACAGAAGUUGUCGCUCGGGUUGUUAACUAUUUGGAUAAAGCUGACCCUCAGAUAAAAUCUUUGAACAACGGUUUCCAGUUGUAUGACUUGAGCAAAAGUUAUGGAAUUAAAAUGUUAAGCACAAUAUGCGAAAAGUACACUAUCGAUCAAUUAUGUGAAAAAAAUGUGUGCGAAAUUCACGAUUUCGCCUGCAAAAUGUGUCUCACUCAGAUACAACAUCGUUGCUGGGAAAUUUUCGAUACGUAUUGGUCAGAGAUAUUCGAGGGAGAAGAUUUCAAAUCCUGUGAUAUAGCGACAAUUGACAGGUUAGUGUCUCGUCCAUUAUAUACAAGUAUGAACGAAGUAGAUAUAUGCUUGGUCGUAUACAAGUGGAUUGAAGAGAAGAUCAAAAGGGAAAUGGGAACAUCAUUUGUUGAAAUGGAUGAAACCGCGAAGAAACUGAAAUAUCGAGAAGAAAUGAGACCGUUUCUUAAAAAAAUCAGAUUAUUAGCCAUGGACAAGGAAAAAUUAAUAAAUAAAAUAUUCAAACUGGGUUUGUUUAGUAGAGAAGAAGAAAUAUCCAUUCUCCUCGCUAAAGAAAUUAAAAAUUUUUCCAAUUACCCGAGUGAUUUCAGCAAAAUAACAAACGACAGAUGCACAAGCAAAUAUUCAAAUUACUCAACUCUAUUUGAUUUUAAACAUAAAAAUGAAUUUCCUCGUGUAUCUACAGACAGCAAAAAGCCAUUUACGUAUUUCAGCACCGAGGUAUUUGUGAAGGAAGAUUGUUUCGUCACUAAUCUCAACCUUCCCAUAACUCUUAACAGUAAAUACGUACCAGUACAUAUUUAUGGCUACGUAAAUUCGUUAGAAAAUGGUCUUUUUCAUUUUGAAUCUUUCUGCAACUCCCUGGGAAAAGUACAUUUGGUUGAAGCCAUAUUCGUUGGGAAAAAUUCCACUUGUCGUCUGUCCGCAGUUUUUGAUCAUAAACAUUGGCUGGAUCACAGAAUAAACUUAUUUUUACCAUAUGCAGAAACUUUUGCUACUCCCGAACAAUCCGAGGAUGUGUUAUUCGAACAAAAGUUAAUCGAAAAAAGAAUAAUUAAAAAAGAAAGUGAUAAUUUUUACUUUCCGGUCUAUUUGUAUUUUUGAAAGCAAUGGAUAAAUUCUCUCACUGUUUUAAAUUGGAACAACAAUAUGAAAAUUAAUUUACAAACUUGAGGUUACUUUUUAAUGUUAAAUUUCAUUUUGAUUAAUUGCUAAAUUUCUUU